AAGAGGUCCUACUUGGAAUCAAGUCGGGCGCCUUCUUGGGCUGGUGUCAUCGCACAUAUUCAGUUAAGGAUGUCCCAUUCACAAAACAUCUAUCCUGGGAGUGCACACCCUGUGCAGCGUUCAGUUAUCACAAGAGCUGCUGAUGAUAAAGACAGACCAGCAGGCGCUGAAGGGGGAGCAUCAAGCACUGGAGCUUCCACUGAGCAUCAUGGGCUUCAAGGAAGCCCAAAGAUUACAAUGGCAUCUGCUGGUAAUGGAAGUGAUGAUGUAAAUAACCUGACAGAUGGAUUAAGUGGCAUGGAACUUAAAACUCAAAAACCAAUACAGGAAAGGCAACAGUCACAUUCACUUCCAGCUGAUCCAGGUGCAAAAUCACAAGUGGGAAGAACAAGUCAAAACAGAGUCAAUGUUUUUGAUGUAGAGGAAGAAUCACCUCAUGAUGACAGGCCACAAACAGUGGACAAACCGUGUUCUGAAGACAGCCAUAAGACUGAUAAGUUCUCUCACAAAACACCUGAGGCUGCUGAAGAUUCAGGUUCGGUGCAACAUAAAGCCAGCAUUAUGGACAGUGUGGAGGAUCGCACAUUGGACGAUGUAAAACACCUGCCUCUCAUUGACUCAGACACAGAAGCAGAAGACAUGCAUGUGAAAGCGGUUUUUGAGGCAGAAGUCUUGGAUUCAAGUCAAAAAGUGAAAUUCAGGGCAAAAGGUUCUAGAUCCCUAAAGCUUGAUGCAUAUCAAUGGCAAUAUCUGACAUCAGAAAAACAUCUUUGGAACAGGGUAGAAAAGGCAAUGGGUCAGGAACACUUAAUGGCCAGUAUUGUGAAUAUUUCAGAACCAGAGCAUAAUCAUGUGAUUGUUUCCUUUCGAAGAAAUAGGGAAAAACACUUUCAUCUGAUGAAUUUGAUGAGUGGAUGAAUUUGGUCUGUGAAAUCUUUAAUAGAUAUGAUAAUUUCAUCAUCUGGAAGAAACUCUGUUUCAAGGAAACAUUUGAUGUUGCACAGGACAAUACUUUCAAAAGAACAUUUGGUUGGUCUAAAUGUCAUAUUCAUACAAGAAAUGGAUGAUACCUCCAUUGUUAUAGUCACUGAUAAAGAAAAUAAGGAAAAGGUAUCUAGUGUUGUGGAUCGGGAAUUAACAAAGUUCAUCCCUGGUACAUCACAGGAUGCUUCAGUGAAGAUUAAUUGGCAUGAACAGAGUAAAGUUCCAGAUCAAACCAAUGCAGAGGCAAGGGAAAAUGUCACAGAACAACCAGAGGAAAAUGCAGUUUGUAAUCAGGAGCAACAGGGCUCACACACUCAGGAAUCAUUUGAGAAUCAAGCACAGAAGGCCAAAACAACAAAUCAAGCUUCCCAAAAUGGAUCAACAAAAACCAUGAGUGUCGGUGUUAAUCGCCCUUUAACAUCAGAAGCAGACAAACACAAGAAAGUCAAGAUUGCAUUGAUCAUAGAUGCAGAUAGGUUUGCCGAAUAUGAGAAAAGUUUUUUGGCAUGGAAAAAUGUUUCUUCUAACUUUGAAAAGAUGACUCAACACACAGUUAUGGCCAAUCAACAAAUGAUCAUUUGUGAGGGAUACGAUCAUCGUGUUCAAGAUUUUAUCAGUCAAGUAACUAAUGUACUGUCUGUAAAGCCUCGCACUCUGGAUGAAUGGUCCCAUCACAACCCAGCCACAAAAGGUUUGAAACUGCCAGAGAAAAAUCUCAAAUUUCUGUUGAACAAUAAACACGUUCAAAGUCAAGUUUUUAAACAGCUGUUGGCUUCCAACUUUGUAUGUAACAUUGAGAAUAACCAAUUACAAGUUUGGCAUAAACUGCAUGCAGACCCUGGAUGUGCUGAAGACAUUAUUUUAAGGGCUGUGAGACAUCAAAUUGUCUCUCUCAAGUCCCGUCAGGACACACAGUUUCAGGAUUUCAAGGAGUUCAUGGGGGAACAUUCUGGAUUGGUUGAGGUCUAUCAACAUGAAGGUGAUGCAUGGGUAGCAUACCUAUCAAGUGAAUCUGCUUCUAUUGAGGGAAGAAUAAAAGAAUAUGAAGAUACACGUGUCAAAGCAGAGCACUUUGAAGUAGUGCCUGAGGAUGAAUAUCGUUUCCAUGAAUGCUAUAGUCAAAAGGCAAUCAAAAUGUUGACAACUGAUGAGAAUACUGUUAUUACACUCACGAAAGGCAAAAAAGGAUGUGGAUUUCUCAUAGUAGGAUAUAGAAAUUCAGUUUUGAGGGCAAAAACUGCUAUAAAGGAAAUAAAACCUGUCCAAAACAUUUUUCCUGUUGAACAUGAUCAUUUUGAAUGGAUACAGUCUCCUCCUGGUGAAACGUUUUGCAAAAGUUGAGCGAAAAAACAAGUGCAUCAUGUCAACGAAGGACAGCAUAGAUAGUACCUUUGAACCUGAGGAUGUCUUGAAAGAGAUUUAUUGCUAUUCUACUGGUUCAAGUGGUGCUGUGAAAUGUGCAAAACUUGUAACAGGAGACUUAAGAAGUUUGCAACCAGAUGUGAUUGCUGUCCCAGUGUGGGUGUGAGCAGAAAGCAGACAGAGCAUCACUUGAAGCAUCUC